AUGGUACUUGGUACACAUCUGGUACCUAGAACGUCGCUUCUUGGCGCCGGCGUCGAUCAAGGGCAAGGCUAUAAGACGCCGUUCCUUCACCGUUUGCUUCCCUCGUCCUCAUCGCACCACCAGAUGUUGUCCUGGCUCUCCGCGCUUUCUCUGGCGACCACAUUUGCGCAGCAUGCCCUUGCCGCGCCAGGCCAGCUGGUCACGGUCAUAGUGCCUGUGCUGGACCCCGACAGCACGUUAACCGCUGUGGUACUCGGUGUUGACUCGAAGGGUCACACAACCUACCAGCUCGAUCAACCCGAAGUAGGACUCCAGUCUGGCGGGACCCGUACCACGACGUCAAUAAUAAAACCUGCGACAGCAACGCUUGUUGCCGGGUCGGACUACGCGUCAUACACAUACUCUGUCGACGACCCUGGCCGGGUCAAUAUCCACCUCGGAUUCGACUGCAUUAUCGAGGGCGGCGGCGGUGAUGCCAUCUGUUCCAAUGUCAACUUGAACGUGAACCAAAACUCGGUCGCCGCGGCAACGACCACGUUUCUCCCGGACGCGCUGGCCAAAGUCGUGCUCGACAUCGUGCCCAAUUCGCCCGCACCGAGUAAUACUGCGGGUGGCUCUCAGGCUGGCGGUGGAGGCGGCCCUUCACAAACCUCUUCUGUGGGUGGAAAAUCUGGAGCGUCAACUGGGCCUUCGUUAUCGGGCCAGCCUUCCCCGACUGGGUCCCAGCCGAGUGCGGGAAAGAUAUGGCGCCCAUCGCGGUUGCUUUGGGCUGUAUGGGCCGGGUUAUUUGCGGUUAUUGGGCUGCUUUAG